CUUGUUAUAAUUUCGUGAUCUCUGCUCUGCAAUUUUGCCACGCAGACGGACGCCGAAUUCUUUCACCUACCCUACCAACGUCUCCGUCGAGUAUAUUACAUCAGUACCGGGUAACCAGCACUCUUGUGUCCGUGGUUUGUCGUCUCCCUCGCAGUCAUAGGUAGGUACCUAUCUUGACACGCUACGUCAUCAAUCACCUCCCACGUACCUACCUACCUAGUUCACUUUCGCUUUACCUUUUCAACGCGCGACAAAGUUUCUCGUUUCAUCAACCCGACCGACCUUUACAACAAACCUCACUGUCGAAGCGCUUUGCUCUCGCACCGACACAGCGCAACGCGAAGCGCCCUCUCCAAGAUGCGUUUAGGCGAAAAGCGCAGGCGCCGUCCACCCCGUCGCUUCACCGAAGAUUCGGACGUCGAGGAAGCGUAUAGACCUCACCCUAGCCCUGGCCGUAAUCGCAAAGGUGCCAAACCAUGCAAGACACCGUCCACGAAGCCUUUUAACCCUAAACUUUUGGCGACUUUCCCGGCUGCGUUUCCCAGUUUGCAUCUUGACGAUAGAUUGAACCGGCCACCUAACGAGGACUCGUCCGAAGAGGAAGUUGUCUUACCAGAGAGCGAUGAAGAAUCUGAAGAAGAGAGGCCAAGACAUACAUUGACCACGUUGAUGCAACGGGUCGAUCGCGCCCAAUCUUCAAUAUGGUACCACGCUCCUCAAGAACUGGUGUAUAGGGCUGUGGUCGUUGGCAAUACUCACGGCGACGACGAAAGCCUGGCUAAAGAAACAGUGGAUUUUAAGAGCCUCCAUGAUGUCGCUCAAGCGACCAUUAUGCUGAACAUUUACGCCGAAGCUUGCGAAAUGUCUUUCGAGGAUCCGUGGUAUCCGGUUCAACACAUCCUUGAUUUGUCAAAGGAAUACAUCUUCGGAGUUUUGACGGCUUUCGAAGAGUACAGUACAAAAGGAAGAUACCCUGGCGUGCUUACGGAGUUGCAUGAAGAAUUCUUGCACGCUCGCCGUUACCUCAAUGAAAAGGACUACCCUCUGUACGACCCUUACGCUGGACAUCCUGGUCCCCACCUACCUUCCAUCAAUGCAGGGAACGAGGCUCAUAUCCCGCCAACGCAAUUGUCGACGGCUAUUGCUCCGCCCAUAGCGCCGACACCUUCGUCACAACCGAGUUCUACGGCGGGCAAUUGGUGGCAAGCGGAUAUGCAACGAGUUCAGCAUCGGCAACCUCCCUCUGCAAAGUAUAUUGUACGGAAUGGCGCCAAAGUGGUAGAUCCACAAAGGCCAGGAGAAGGUCGUCGGGUCCUUGUCUCGGACAGCAACCCCCAACAGGAGGAAGAAGGUGAUUUCACCGAGAAUGAAGAAAGAAGACCCUCUCAAACAGCUUUCCCUAGUCCUAUUAAGAAGCCCAGCAAGCACUCUGCUCAAUCGCCUACGAUGAACGCUCCCGUGGCUCCUAUGUUGCGGCAACCGGGAAUAAUGGCAGAUUCUGGAGCUACUACACGUGGCUCGCGUGGACCGGUCGGACAGUCCGUUGAUCCACACAGUAGGCUGGGCGUUGCUGUCAUGUCGAGAGCCGGAGCAAUGCGAGAUCUCGAUUUAGGAUAUCAGGUGCCAGGCCGCGGUGGGCUACAUGCUCCCGUUAUUAACAGAGCCACUGAAUCGCGCUUAAGUCCGCAAGAGCAGUCUUCACUUCCAAACAUUCUUUCAACCAUGUUCCCGUCGUCCCAGUCGGCCACACCAACUCAAGUUCCUCUAGUGCGCGAAAAAACUCAAGAUGUGCAGCCUAUGCUGAACAGACAGGAACAAAACCAGUGUAGCAACGAUGAAGCUGAACUAGCGGCGCAGGAAACUCCAGCCCACAUUGCUGGAUCUAUGGUUUCGGCUUUACCCACAGCUCAUGCUGUCAAUGAGCAUCAGGAAAAACGAGUGGAGGUGGAGGCACGCAGCGAUAUACCUCAGACUCAGCAUGACCGGGAUGCUGCGUCUAGCAUGCCGAACGCAGCACCGAUAGCCACCUCGCCCACGACAUCUGUUCGAUCAGAAAUAACAAACCACCGGGAGCGUCUCAGUCUAAACAAAUAG